GUUGUCUGCGAAGCGGUGCACAAAACGGACGUGUAAACGGAAGCCGCGCGAAAACGGUUCGGAAGACGGAAUUGCGCCUGUACACGACGGCGCAGCAGGAAAUCGAAUUGAUUUUGAAUCCGAAUCCAAAUCGGCUAAAGCUCACCGACAGCGCGCUUACUAAUUGUGUUUCGUUCAACGGAUUAUCCACUAUCCAACUAUUACACUAUCUAAAAACUCGCUGCACGCUGCGGCGCAUGCGCGACCUGUCUGUGUUGGUGGCAUACUUCUAACAACAACCAGUGUUUCCUUUGUUCAAAAGUGCCUUGACUAGAGCAGCAGCAGCAACAGCAGCAGCAGCAGCCCCACUUUGAUAUGGCCAAGUGGCAACGAGAGCCGCAGCAGUAGCAGCAAAACUGGAAAAGCCGCUAAAAUCAGCAGUACCCGUUCACCAGAGGAAGCCAUCAUCAUGACGGCCAUGCCCGUGGUUUGGUGCACCGAUCCCAACUCGGUGAACAACAAGCCCACGGCCUUCGCCCUGCACGGAAUCCAGCUGCAGGGCAAUGUGACCGAGAAGCAGGUCCAUGCCCUCCGCGAGCUGGUCAACGCCGCCGCCGAGGGUCGCCUCAUCCUGCCCUCGGACGGCACCUUUACGCUGCUGGACAGCGGGCUCAGCAUCGAGAGUUCAAUCGUGGAGCAGGAGUCGGGCAACUCGAUGCCCAUCAGUGCGAAUGGUGAGCCAGGUCAGUUGGCCCAGGCGAAGAGUGCCAAGAACACGUACAUCCUGAUGCCCGUGAGCAAGGCGGAGGGUUCUUCGCGGCAGGGAGGAGUAGCAGGAGGAGUAGGACCAUCGGGACAGGCCAUUGCAGCCGCUGCCGCCCAACUGGAGUUCCUGCUGGAGCCCAAGUACUCCCCAAGUACGCCCCCCGAGACCCACUCCGAUGAGGAGGCCAAUGCGGAGGAGGGUGAGGCUGGAGGAACAGAAGAGAUACUGUACGAGUUCCUGUGCUGCGCCAAGUGCAUGAACGAGCAGCGCACCGGACCCACAUGCGCCGGGCGUCGACUGCAGCGCUAUUUGAGGACCAGCGUCGGUGCCAGCGGCAGAGGCAGCGACUACGAGCCGGUCAACGACCCGGCUACGUGGCAACUGCAACUGGAUCCUGUCAGCAGCAUUGCCAGCAAGUACGCCCGCCGACAGCAGCGUCACAGGCAGCACGGCACCGUCUCCAUGGGCAUUGCACGUAAUCGAAGCCAUCGCCAUCACAAAUUACCCAUGCACAGUGUUAAAAUCUUUCAUAAUCGCAGCACUUACACGCCAGCAACUGCAACUACAAUGGCUACAGCAACAGGAGCAAUGCCAAUCGCUGUGGGCGGAGGCCGAGUGGUGUCGUCAGUUUCGUCGCCGAUGGCGAUGGCGUUGACGAUGACGAUGCCGAUUCCCAGUCCGAUUCCAAUUCCGAUUCCGAGCUCGAAUCCGAAUCCGAAUGCGAAUCCAAAUCCGAAUUCCAAGCCCAGUGCAGCGAAUAGAGCGAGCGUUGGCAGUGAAGCGUUUAGUUUGUUAGCGACAGCGGCGCGAUCUACAUCUACAUCGGUGACAGAAACAACGACAUUGCUGGCGCAUCUGCCCCUCUACGCUGUGGUAAAUAAGAAUCGCGACUUGGCGACCGGUGGCCAGAAGACUGAGACUGACUUAUCCGCAACCACCAUGCUGGCCGUGGUGCCCGAGGAACCGUCGUCGUCGCCAUCGUCGUCGCCACCAUUCACCAUAGACGGACGCGAUCUGAUCAGCUUCGACGACGACCAGGCGCAAGUGUUGGGUGUUGAGGUGUCGGACUUGGGGCAUGGUGGCCAGCAGGCGGCCGCCACUGCUGUGGACCUGCUGAGCGCCCCCAACGAGGAGGAUAUCCUGCUGGCCCUGCUGGAGACACCGCCCGCCACUCCGCCCAAGCCCUGCUCGCCGGGCAGCAACAACUCGAGCCGGAAGACGAGCUUCGACUCCACCAGCACCCUCAGCUCCAUGGACUCUGGCUUCAUGGAGAUGCAGAACAAACUGGAGGCCCUGGCAGCAGCGGCAGCAGCGGCGGCGGCAGCAGCUGUGGCAGUGACCACAUCUUCUGGCGAAGCAACGGCAGCAACAUCGUCGUUACCGAGUGGCGAGAAAAUCGAGCGACGCAAUUACAAGGAAUGUCUGACGCAGUCGCGAAAUCGCCGAAAAUCCUACGAGGAGUUCAAAGCCAUGUUCGUUGAGGAGGCAACAGGGCCAAUGUCCAUGCCACCGACGGUGGCAACAGCGGCGGAUGACGCAACAGCAACAUCAGCAACAUCAGUAACAGCCAGCAGCAACACUGUGAUCCCACUUUCCUCCAUUUCAGAACAAGAAACCACAGGCAGCAAACCGGAUUGCGUAAACGAGUUUGCUGCCGCCGCCGCCGCCGCUGUCAGUGCCGAUGAAAUGGAUACCGGCGACGGUGACAGCGAUGGUGAAAAAGGCGCUGCUGCCGAAGGCGAUCUAACAGCAACAACAACCGCAGCAGUAACAACACCUUUAGUAAGCAGCACCACCACAGAGGCGAUGCGAAAGAAUUCGGAUUUUCUAUCGCAGAUUCUCGAUCAUCAAUUUGCGGCCAAGGAGCGAGCCAAGGCGCACAAGCGUCGCACUUCGUACGAGGAAUUUAAGCGUCUGGUUAACGAAAUUGAGCCGCUGGAAUGCCCAUACACCCCGCCACUCGCCUCAUCUGUGGUCGCACCCACAGCAGCAGCCGCAUCAGCAGCCGCAUCAGCAGCGGUAGCAACAUCGCCACUAAAGCGUCAGAAUUCGCGGCAGCGUAAGAGCUUCGCCAGUUACUUUCUGCCGCGCCGGCACUCGACCAAAGAACAAAAGACUGACAAGGAGAAUGUACCGUCGCAGGAGCAUCAACAGCAGCAGCAACAGCAGCAGCAGCAGUUGGCGUUGUACAACAAGUUGCCAUCCUCUCGUGGCAGCGAUAGCUCCAGCACCCAUUGCAGGCGCAAUUUCAAGAUCUACGACAAGCUGGUGUACGGCACCAUCUAUGACAUUAUCCAGCGCAAGAACGACAUCUACCAGAAGUACGACAAGUACAUGACCUACGGCACCAUCUAUGAGAUCCUGCACCGCAAAUCCUCGCAGGGUGGCGAACGCUGGCAGCGCAAGAGCCUCAGCUCGAUCCUGGAGGGCACUCGGUCCUCGGGCGACGUCAUCUACGACAUUGUCCAGCGGCGGGAGCGUGAGAGGCAGCGUCAGCAACGCAUUCUGGAAGCCACCACUCCGGCCACUGUAUCCGCGAUCAGUCCCCACAAAUACGGAACAAUCUACGACAUUUUGCAGGGUGAGAAACUGGAUGCCAAUCAUGUCAGCAGUAAACCUCAAGACUCCAAGCCACCACAGGCCAAGCCAACGCGCUUCGUGGUCAGCCAGGUGGAGGAGUCCGUUCAGACGCCGCCAGUGGAUCAGCCGGAUGCCAGGGUCACGGAUCCGGGUGUCGCAAAGUCCAGCAAGCCGCACAAGAUGCGUCGCCUGUCGCAUAUCCUUAACUACAGCCGAAACACUGGCGAUGAUCAGCUGGAUGCAGCUGGAAAGGAGGAGGCCAAGCAGAAGCGCAGCCAGGCCAAGCGGCGGAUCGGGGUAACCAACCUGCUGCUGCCACUGGACUCCGAGGAGCUCUAUACCCGCAUCAUAGCCCAGCAGCGGAGACUGGAAAAGGAGCGUGACCAGGAUCCAGAGGCGGAGAGUGGCAGCGACGCGGAAUUGUAUCCUCGCGUGACCGCGCUGACCAAGUCCAGUUCGCUGGAUGCCAUCUCCCUGUCGGUGGCCAUUUCGCCCGCAUCCUCGCCCUCACCCCCGCGUCCCCGUCGCAGCCUGAAGCAGCAUCGGUGCCUCCAGCAGCGCCAGCCAAUUCCGCUGGUCAAGAAGCACUCCCUCGACAACUGCCUUCAGAUGGCUUCGGCGGCGGCGGCGUCGGCGGCGAUUCCCAGUCGCCAGCCGCUCCGUCGCUGGUCCAACCAGACGCCCCUGAAGUGCACAUGCCAUCACCACCACCACCACGCCGCCGCCGAGGAGCUUCCGCUGACCGCCAAUGAGAAAUCCCGCUCGCUGCCCACCGCCUGCUCCGCCCCCUGCCCCCAUACGUGUCCAAGCUCAAGUUCAAACGAUCAUAGUGGCCCGGCCACAACAAAGUCCUUCGGCAAAUCAACAUCAACAUCGACAACGACGACGACGACGGCCAAGAAAGGCAAAUCGCGUCGACUUUCAGAAUUUACGCGCGGUGAAUUUUUAAAUGAAAAAUCUUGGUACUUCCGCAAAAUCAAACGCAUUGAGGCUGAGAAAAAACUUCUACUGCCAGAGAACGAGCACGGUGCAUUUUUAAUUCGAGAUUCCGAGAGCCGUCACAACGACUAUUCGCUAUCAGUGCGCGAUGGCGAUACGGUUAAGCACUAUCGCAUCAGACAAUUGGAUGAGGGCGGCUUCUUCAUUGCCAGACGCACGACCUUCAGAACCCUCCAGGAGCUGGUCGAACACUAUUCCAAGGACUCCGAUGGCCUGUGCGUCAACCUCUGCAAGCCGUGUGUCCAGAUCGAGAAACCCGUCACCGAGGGACUCUCACAUCGCACUCGCGAUCAGUGGGAGAUCGACAGAACGUCCCUCAAGUUCGUGCGCAAACUGGGCUCUGGACAGUUCGGUGAUGUCUGGGAGGGACUGUGGAACAACACGACACCUGUGGCCAUUAAAACUCUGAAAUCUGGCACAAUGGAUCCCAAGGACUUCCUGGCGGAAGCCCAGAUCAUGAAGAAACUGCGCCACACCAAGCUCAUACAGCUGUAUGCGGUCUGCACUGUGGAGGAGCCCAUCUACAUUAUCACAGAGCUGAUGAAGCACGGUUCACUGCUGGAAUAUCUCCAAGCCAUUGCAGGCAAGGGUCGUAGCCUUAAAAUGCAAACUCUGAUUGACAUGGCGGCGCAAAUAGCUGCUGGCAUGGCCUACCUGGAGUCCCAGAAUUACAUUCACAGAGAUUUGGCGGCACGCAAUGUGCUUGUUGGCGAUGGCAACAUCGUCAAGAUUGCCGACUUCGGCUUGGCCAGGCUCAUCAAGGAGGACGAGUACGAGGCUCGAGUGGGCGCCCGCUUCCCCAUUAAAUGGACUGCUCCCGAGGCGGCCAACUACAGCAAAUUCUCAAUCAAAUCGGAUGUCUGGAGUUUCGGUAUUCUACUCACAGAGCUGGUCACCUACGGACGCAUACCAUAUCCAGGCAUGACCAAUGCCGAGGUGCUGACGCAAGUGGAGCAUGGAUACCGAAUGCCGCAGCCGCCCAACUGCGAGAUGCGGCUGUACGAGAUCAUGCUGGAGUGCUGGCACAAGGACCCGAUGCGCAGACCCACGUUCGAGACGCUCCAGUGGAAGCUGGAGGACUUCUACACAUCCGAUCAGAGCGACUACAAGGAGGCGCAGGCCUACUGAUAAAUGCUUCGCGGAGUCACGGACGCGGCCAGCAGCCGUGACGAGAAGCCAGACAGCUGCAAAUAAUCGCCGGGCAUCCCAACAACGGACAAUUCUUACUAAGUUACUUACUUGAGUUUUGCAUAGAUUUUCUACUGUUCAAUCGCACACCCUGGGUGCUCUUGGGUUCGCUUGGGUGUGCUUGGGAGUCGUCUAGGUGACUCCAUACGAUGAUACGAUGAUUCAUGUUAUUAGCGUUUAAGCUAACAAAUAGUUGCUAAGGUGGAAUGCAAUUUCAAAGGACGUUCCAUUGGGACAUUCGUUUUUGUUGUUUAUUAUGACAAACAUAUUGAUAGUUGGUCGAAUUGAUGCGUUCUAACACCCUUGUCGUACUUUUCGGUUAGCAUAUCACAUGUAUUAUUAUUCAUAUAACGCAUAUAGCAUAUACAUACGCGCAUACACACUUAUAUAUAUAUAUAUAUACGAACACUUAUAUAUAGUAUAUACAAACGUACAGUCAGACGUAUGCCGAUGCCCUUCCAUUAUUCAAAUAUGCAAGCACACACACCCACUUACCCACCCUACCCUAUUUUUCUUUAGUUUAUAGGCCAAUCUGAGAACGAUAUUUGCAGCACACAAAUAUGAACGAAUGUUUCGCUUUUAGUUAAUUCAUUACAUACAUACGUGUCUUACCCAACUCUCACUCAACAUUAUCAACGACAUUAUAUGCUUUAUCACAAAUAGGAAAAGUAAAAAGCAACACAAACGCCAAUCAUCAAGUGCUAGCUAUACGCUAUACGCUACUUUGCCGCGCGCAACAGCAAAAAUCCAUAUGAUUAAUUUUUUUAGACUUUAAUUGUAAUUUGUAACCAUUUAAUAAUAUUCAGCUUAUGAUUAAAACACAUACACAUAUACGAAAACAUGUACAUUUAGAACCAAGAAAAUAAAUUUCUUCAUUAUUUAUAAAUCUAAAA